UGGGAGGUGUAGCUGCCUGUGAAAAAGUAAUACGCAAAAGGACAAAGGCAUUGAUAUAUGCAUAAAAAUGAGUCACGGCAUGUUAAGGCAUGUGAAUAUGAAGCGUCCCCUGUAUGGUGGUGGCAAUCAACCUCCUAAAUACAUCUACAGGUAUGGAUUGGUAAACCCUAUGGUGGACCCACUUAAUCAACAUCUAAAUCGGUUCUACAAUACCCAUGCAUAUGUUAACCCCCAGGAGAUGAUCCAGGCCAAAGAUAUAGACAGUCAAAUAAAGACAAGCCUUUUAAGAUUUUUUAUGGAUAAUAACAGUGAACAUAUUGAGCUUUUAAACAUUGGUAGCUCAUUUGAAGACUUAAAAGUAGGAAGAGCUGAUGAAUUUGAUCAUGUCAUCAUACGAAAUAAUGAGCGUGUUUCUUUACCCAGGGAAAUUUAUGACAUCGAUAAAAAGGGUUACUGUUCCCUGAAGCAAUCAAGUCUGCAACGUGUUCCUGUUCAAAUGAACACUGCAACGAGAACAAGUAUGAACAGAUAUAGCCCUUAUCAGAGAUCACCUAUGGCUAGACAUAUACAUAAGCUAGCUUUCACGCGACCUACCAUGGUUUAUGAAACAAUUUCAGCAGGAGAUACACAUAGUUUUUUCCACAGUUUCUUCCAACAGUGGUUGAACAGUUUCCACUGUGGACGAAAUGACGGCAAAACAAUAACAAUGUUCAUUAAAGGAGUGGUCUAUGAUGUCACCUUGGAGACGAGUGGACCUGCCUUCACAGUGAUCCUCAAGCAGCCACAAAAUGAUGCCUCAAAAAUAAGCAUUGAUUUUUCUCCUGCAUGCAGAUUUAGAGACAAAUUGCUUGUUGCUAAACCACAUCCGAAAUUAAAGGACAGACAAAUGCUACGUGCCGAUACAGUCAAGAGUCUGGAGGAAAGAUGGUUGAUCUCUGCUUGUAGAGAAGAAGCAAAAGCAUACCAGGUAAUGAGGAGUGGAGUUCAAACUAAAGUGGUCAAAAUAAUGAAAGCAAUAAGACUGCGUCGUCAGCAAUGGCAGUGUAUUAGCUCGUACUGUUUCAAAACAAUAAUGCUGUAUCUAAACCGUGACAAUCCCGAUGUACGUCUGUGGAUGGAAUCAAAACUAACUGAACGAUUUGUAGAUAUGUUAGAGGCAUUUUACUAUGUCUGUAGCACCGGAAAUCUUCCAUGUUUCUUCAACCAACAAAUCAAUGUCUUGGAAGACAUCGACAGCCAGGCUUUGAAAAGCAUAGCUUUAGACAUAAGGCAAGGUAUAGACAAGUGUAUUUCGAAUAAUGAUGCAGGUUUUCUGCAUCACUUUCAAUUAAAUGAAUAACUAGAAAAGACAAUGUAUUUUGCACUUACACACAUUCUCAAACACCAAGUAUAUGACAAAAAAUGUGCCUAAAAUAUAUGUACAUGUACUGUAUACAUAAAAUGGAGGUGCAAAACCAUCUACUGUGUAACAAAGUGAUCUUGUAUACGUGUAUAUAAUAUGUUAUUUAUUUAAGAUACUAUGUAAUUGCACGAACAUGAAAUGGUUGAACAUAAAACACAUACCGUACAUAGCUUCCCCUCUGACCUCCUUCAAAAAUAUCAAACACUAAGCCCUUCAAUAACCCCCCUUGACAUUGCAUACAUUACUUACUGGGGCCCACUGUGAGGCAUGCCACUGUGCCUUGCACUCUGCUUUAUCAUUGUCACACAUCCUGACAGUCUCUGGCUUCCUGCCACUCUCGCAUUCAUCAUCUGAGUGGACCACACCAUUCCUGCUCACACACUUCACCUGCCUUGUCUGCAUAGAGUGGCCACAUACACCAGAGCACUGCAAUUUAGAAGAAUAUAACAAGUAAAGUAAUAGCAAGGCUUGAGUAAGACCUAAAGCGAUGCUUAUUUAAUUUAGGGGGAUUUAAUACAUGUACAUACAGUACUUUGGACUGAAUUUCAACUCAAUAAAUUUUGGAGGCAUUUGCCUCAAAAAGCUCAAGCGUGCCCCAGACAAUAACAUUUUGGUAAAAUUAUUAAAGUGGUCACCCCCUGAACACUUAGUACAGGGUAAGCAAUAAGCAACAAUCUUAUGAAGUAUAACGACAAUAAAUUAAGCUGAUAAACUUGGCAGUGACUUGAAUUCAUCAUGACCUUAGGAUGGCAUCACAAUUGAUUUAUAGAUCUAAAUAGAGGUAAUGUCACAAAAGCUGAUUUGAACUGUACAGUUAUAAACUAGAGACCAUUCAUUGUUGAGUUUGUAAAUAUGCAUACAUGGAUUUGUAUAUGAGUAUGUUGUAACGAUCAUAAUAAAUAUUAUACAUCUUAAAAUUCAAACACAUGUUAUGAUGUAUAUAAUAUCAUUGACUG